AUGGACAAGGAUCUCAGUGGAUUUCCUGGUCUCGCCUUCAUCAAGCUUGUGACUGUCAAGGCUGAGCCCAUUGUCGAGACUGUUGACGACGACGACAAGGAGAAGAAACUUCUUCUCACUGAGCAUCUUGAUGAGGUGCUCUCUUGUUUCUGUACGUUCGUCGAGGACAAGACCAACGGGGUCAGGCCGCUCAAGAACCGCUCCAACAAUGCCCCGGAUUUCUCUCGCAGAUUCAAUGCCUACCUCGUGCAGAAUAUGGAAGGCAGUGAGUCCAAGGCCGGCAUCGCCACCGCUGCCCAAAAGCUGGGCUCGACCGCACAGAUGGAGGUCUUUACCACGCUCUCGAAGAUGUACACAUCAGACAAUGCGGCUUCGACCAGUCCAAAGUCCAAGGAUGCAAGACGCCCUCUUACCGACAAUCGUGCAGACGAGACUCACGACACGACCAUCUCUGACACGCUCCUAGGGGGCUCCCCCGUCGGCACGAACAGUCCGGCGAAGAAGCGCAAGCUGGCCACUCAAAGCGAAAAGGACCGGAAAAAGAAGAAGCGAUAUCAUGUGUUGGUCGUAUGUGUUGCAAGCGACCAUGUCCUUGAGGGUAUGAUGUCGCACUUGGUUGCAUUCCACACUGCUAUUCCAACCGGCAGAGAGUCUCAAUUCCGUGGUUGUCGGGCUUGUGCCGAAGUCUAUCGUAUCUGUGGAGUCUCUCGUCUCUCGUUUCUCUCAAGAGAAGACACGAGCACAGCCAAAGAGUACUACAUCGCGUCGACCUCUGAGACCGGCUACUUGUCGGUAUUUGAACCUAUCAUUGGCCUUUGGAUUACCGCAAACUACAUUUCACACUGGCAGAACAGAGAGGUCAGCAGUAUGGACAUGUCUUGGGUAGCUUCGCCUUUCCAGAUUCGCGUCACGAGUCGCAAACUGAGCAGUGUUUUGGCGGGCUGA